AUGGUGUCACGGGUGAACGAGGUCGCCAAAGCAGUCGGUUUGUCCAUAAAUGCUGGGAAGACCGAAGUAUUCUCAAACUGCAUCCCUGACCAGGAGAAGGCACCCCUGGGGAUUGAUGGCUGUCAACUUGAAGAAGUGGACAGUUUUAAAUACCUCGGGGCGAGGCUGCUGCCUAACGGACAGAGUAAGGACGACAUUGCCUCCCGAAUCGAUGCUGCCCGCUGGGUUUUCUCAAGCCUUCGGAAAUGCCUGUGGAACCGACGUGACCUCUCCAUCGCCACUAAGAUUCGCGUGUACCGUGCAUCUGUCCGGUCUGUCCUUCUCUACGGUUGUGAAUGCUGGGCUUUGCGCGUGGAGGAUGACCGAAAACUGGAGGUAUUUGACCACCACUGCCUGAGGAUCAUCCUUCGAGUGAAGUUAACCGACUUCGUCUCAAAUGAGACAGUCCGCGCUCGCUGCGACGACAUCGCAAGGAUAACUCAGGCCAUCCAAGAAAGACGACUGAGGUGGUUCGGGCAUGUUCUUCGUCGUCCACCUCAGGAGCUCAGUGUUACUACCCUCGACCCGGCACCGUUGCCCCAUUGGAGGCGUCGAAGAGGGGGUCAGUUCAAAACCUGGCUCGACACUGUCCGUCAAGACAUGGAGGCGGUUCUUGGACCUUCGGUAUUCGGUCUCCGUCGUUGGCGAAGGGAAUGGGUCGAGCUGUCUAGAUCUGCUGCCGCGGAUCGUCACGCGUGGAGAGGUACUGUUCGGGACAUCAUCGAGGCCGGCUAG